AAACCCAACGCGAAACCCAGAAACCUUGCCUCCACUGUUCAGGCCACUAAACAAUACAAGACAGCUUGAAUUGUAAGACCAACCGAGUUGUAAUUACAUGAUCCCUCUUCAACAAUGACGACGUUGAGCGGACUCUCUCGAAUUCCCCGUGGACAAGAGAAGCUUUCACAGGUGACAUCUAUAGUCGAGCAGUUGCAGAAGGAUAUUACGGAGAAGGCCUUCUCUAUUUCUGAACAAACCAAGCUGCUAGAAGAGCUCAAGAUCCUUGGAAGAGAUCCUCAGAAUGCGGAUCCUAUCUUCACGAAAGAUGGUAUAACCCUGUUGGCAGCAUAUGGCUUCGAACGGAAGAACCAAGAGGCAUUACGUUGUCUGGCAAAUGCCAUGUUCCUCAAACCCCAAGCCCGAAAGCUAUUCCUAGACAAAGGCCUUGCCCCAACAGCGAUAGGUCUCUUGAAGAGUCGUGACUUUGAUGAUCAGUUCCUCAUUUCGAGGAUCCUGUUCCUAUUGACCUAUGAAUCGAAGACAGAUUUCACGAGUUUGGACAAGGAUGGGAUACUCUCAGAUGCCAUUCCCACCGAUCUGCGGCAGCAUGCGCAAAGAUACGCCGAGGUUGGCAGACAACCGUCCGAUACGGCAAUCGAAGAGAUGGCGCUCUGCGAACUCCUAAAACUAACAUUUAAUCUCACCCACUUCCACCCCAGUUUCGUCCCGUCGUUAUCGUCAUCAAUUCCUGACCUUUUCGACAUCCUCAGAUCCUUGCAGGGCUUGGAUCCUCCGAUGAAGCCUCCUGCAAAUCUCGCUGUCAAUGCCUUGUUGAAUCUUGUAGGUGAGGGCAAUGAAGAUCAGAACAGCAUUAUCUUCCCAGAGGACUCUCCCUCGUUGAAUUCUUCGACUCUGUUAGACCUGUUACAGCAGGUCACGGGUCCGCAGGAUGCGAGCGGACUUGAAGAUGUACUUCCAUCACUUCUCACACUCCUUCGAAAGAUCUACAAAAUAGCCCCCGAAUCUGUGAAACAGGAUUUUCACACCUGGCUGCUCCCAUCCGACUCCGAGAGAGAUCAACCACUGGGAAGAUCUGGCAGCCUGCCAGCCCGCCUGCUCCAACUAUCCGCAUCAUCUCUUUCAGAGCAGACGCGGUUAUCCAUCUCCGCCAUGCUCUUUGAGCUAUCUGGAGAAGACGCUAGCCGGUUCAUCAAGAACAUUGGCUACGGCUAUGCUGCUGGGUUCUUGCUGGCGCAGAAAAUAGACGUCCCCGCGGAAUUACUGGAGGCAUCGGAGACCGAGGACGGCGAUUCUGUGCCGAUUAAUCCAAUCACGGGGCAACGGUUGGAUGCGGAACCGGCGGUGGCGGGCCCGCCGAUGACAGACGAAGAGAAGGAAAGAGAAGCCGAGCGACUCUUUGUGCUCUUCGAAAGGCUGAGGCAGACGGGUGUGGUCGAUGUGAGGAAUCCGGUAGCGCAAGCGCUGGAGGAGGGCCGGUUUGAGGAAUUAGAGUGAUGGUUUACCACAAAAACGGUAAUAUCAAAGGAAAUGCUGGGGCUAGUGCAAAACGCCAAUAUCCAGGAGUUCGGCAGAUGAGACGGGUCUAUCUCAAGGAGCAUAGGGCUGAGGAGUUGAGUGGCGCCUUCGGGAAAUGAGUUUGAAUAUCCUAGGCAAUGAGAUGAUACACGAUGCAUGUUAUUCAUUAUGCUAUGUCUAUUUGAUGCGGAUCAAUCAUCCCC